AUGGCGGAAUGGGGAUGCCAGACAAAAGGCGAUACUAUUGAGCAACACACAGAGCCCCCUAUUGUCCUCAUUUCGCCACCCACACCCACUAGCCUGGACAACAAUAGAAGCCAACUACAUGGGAAAGAUCCCCUGACUGUACUGGCAUGGAUGCCCAAGGAACAAAGGGCAAAACCACAACAUACACUACCAACGAUGAAGCUCACACUACACAUCUGUGAUAACUACCACUACAAAAUGUGA